AUGGCGAAGCUAUGCGUCACUUUCUUCCUUCUCGCAGUUGCAGUUCAGGCGACGUGGGCCGCCAGAGAAGUUCCCGGCGCCGGCGGCAACGAUAAAGGGCUGAAAGACCAGAAGAAUUACUACUCGUACGGCGGGCUGGGCGGCACGAGUGGGAUGGGCAACGGCGGCCUCCCCUUCGGCGGAGUCAUGGGUGGUAUGGGAACCGGCGGUAAUAUCGGCGCCCUUCCUUUCAACGGAGGUGUCGGCGGCGGCAUGGGGAUUGGUAACAUGGGCGCCGGAGGAAAUAACUUGCCGGCUUUCGGUGGCGGAAAUAACAUGCCGGGUUUCGGUGGCGGAAAUAACAUGCCAGGUAUCGGUGGCGGCGCUGGUGGAGGUGGAGGUGGCGCCGGCGCCGGCGGUGCCGGUAACCUUCCGCUUCCCUGA